GAUCAAUAUGCUUUGAAACUACGCUUGUUUCGGAUUUCUGUAGGGAAGGGGUGUCGGUGUUAUGGUUAAAUAUGGUUGGCGAUGAAGAUGUUGAAAUUGAUUACGAUGAUAAAGAGAGGAAGGGAGAUUUAGCUGUUAAAGUAAUUUGCCUUGGAGAUAGUGCGGUAGGGAAAUCAAAGUUGGUUGAACGGUUUCUUCUGGAUGGAUACAAACCGCAGCAGCUCUCAACAUAUGCCUUGUCCCUGUUUCGCUAUCACACCAAAGUUGAAGAUGAAUCUGUUAUUGUAGAUUUUUGGGAUACAGCGGGCCAAGAAAUGUUUCAGUCCAUGCACCCAUCCUACUACCACCAAGCUCAUGCCUGCAUAAUGGUCUUUGAUUCUACCAGGAAAGUAACAUACAAGAACCUAGCAACAUGGUACCAGGAACUGAGACAACACCGGCCACAUAUACCAGUAUUUUGUGCUGCCAAUAAAAUUGAUACUAACAUGGAUGUUACACAGAAGUCAUUUGCAUUUCCUCAGAAGCACAAUAUUCCUCUGUAUUAUGUAUCGGCAUCAGAUGGAACCAACGUAGUCAAGCUUUUUCGAGACGCGAUACAGUCGGCAGUGAAGUACAAGAAAAAUCCAUCAGAUCUCACAGAUCAGAUAAUGGAAGAACUGGAAAGAAUAUGAGAAUACAAGAAUUAGUAAUGAAUUAUUUAUAACAGAGUAAUUUAUAUUUGUUUAAGCACACUUCACUGGUGUUCAUCUGAUUUGAGGGUUUCCUCCCAUCACCAGUCUCUUUUAGCCAUUUUAUGAGAUUACUGUCCUGUCCUGUAUCCUCCCACCUUUAAGCCAUUCAACCAAUAUUCAUGAAAUGCAGUCUGAACAUUGUGCCAUUGGAAGCUACACUCUGAUUCUCUUCACAUUCCUGCUAAUGUGGCAGAUGUGCAGGGUCUUGAAAUGGUGCACGGUAAUAAACAGAUCUCUGAAGAAGUUUAUUCUUACAGUCAUUUUCAUCGUCAGCUUCGUAGCAGUAACUAUUCAACGACUGGAGCUAAGAGUAUGAACUUUUAGGCAUUUCCAACACCCAAAGCAACAAAUCAUUUUCAUUCUUCUGGGAUAUUAUGCCAAUAGUCUAAUGUCCAAGACAUUGUAUCCUUUACACCAAAUCCAGAUAUACAGACUGCUUCAUCAGGGAGACAAUUGAGAUGUGGCCCCCUCACAGUAACAUGAACAGGGAGGAUGGCUUGUGCCUGCUCUAUUUUUCUGUCUUAACUGAUCAUUAAAAUUCACUUCAGAUCCACUGAUUUGAGAUUCAUUAUGUGGCCUGCUGGUCUGUCCAGUAGGCACAAGGUCAGAAACAAGACACAGACCUUAACAUAGUGGCAAAAAGAAAUGUGAGACACUAGUUAAGCCUGUAGUCACUACAGACACAAAUAGAAGCAAUUUAAACACUAUUCUCUGUAAACUGUCCAGGUUUGAUGGAACCAGAAGUGGCCAAGAUAAACAGGUUUCACCAUAUAAGAUUUAGCCUAUGUCUACAUAAGAGUAAGAGUGACAUAAGGUAUACAUAUCGUGUAACUUAAGCUUAAAGUUUGAAAUGUUCAUUGCUGUACUUGUAUGUUUUUUGUAAGCUGUUUUAUGAUGUUAUUGCUGUUAGGCGAUACCAUGCCCUCUCAUAUAUGCAUUUCCUUAAAACUAUUAGGCUGCACUAAAUAUCAAUAUGAGAACUCUUUGUAGCUAUUUUAAAAACGACAAAGUGGAUCAUAACUUACCCAACUGAUAAUUUAAAUGUUUAACUUGUGUUGUACCUGUAAAAUUUGCUGUACAAACUCCCAAUGCCUCCUGCUGAUCUGCAAAUUUAAAGAGCCAUAUUGGCAACUGCAUAGUCUAAAUUUUGUAGGAUGUAGUUGGAAAUUCCCGUCAACACAACAUAUUCAUGAAUGAAAUUAGUUUUUAUACAUAUGUGAAUGGCACAGCUUUGUUUCCAUGUGUAGUACUUGUUGAAAAUUUGAAUUGUAUUUAUACUUGUACAUAUAUAGAUUAAUGUGUGAUUUAUUUUGCUGAUGCAAGUAAAAUUUGUAUAAUUUCAUUAAAAUGCUGAACUGUCUUGCUUAA